CGUGGGUGUUUCGAUAUAUUUCGCAGCUACUUGUAGCCAAGUUGGAAUUGCAUCGACCAAUAAGACCGGCGUGGGCGCGGCGCUUCUAUAGUGGGGAGAAAGCAUCGACCAAUAACAGAAGGAACCAUCGAAUGCAAGCAUGAAUCGUUGCAACGGAGUCGUCUCUACAAUUCCAAAGUGUAUCCUCAGUCACUAGUAAGCUUCAACGAGGGAAGCUUCGAACGGAUAGAAAUUUGUACGAAUUUUCGAUGUUUUGGUGACAUCGUGCGACUAAGUGAUACGCAGCAGACAGAAACGAAUUCGUUGAUCGAAACAUGAAUUCGAUGAUGGUCGUGCCAAUGGAAUUGCAACUACAGCUGAUGGAACAUCAACAGAUGCUUUACAGGCAGCAGGAGCUGGCUCUCCGAAAACACAGACCAGAGGACAUGCCGAAUCUAUCGGUACCAAAUUUCAGGGGAGGACCUCCUCUGUCUCCAGAUGUAAAUGUUGAAUUGCAAAAUCGGGAAUUGUGGCAGAAAUUUCACACGGAAACCACAGAAAUGGUUAUUACAAAAGGAGGCCGAAGAAUGUUCCCGUUGAUUCAGUUGAAGAUCACGGGAUUAGAGCGUCGCUCUCGUUAUUACGUUCUCCUGGAAAUGGAGCCGGCGUCCGAUCGUCGACACAAGUACGUCGGAUGUGGUGGCGGUUUGAAGAAAACUUGCGGGAACGCAAAAUGGUCGUCUGCCGGUCCAGCGGAAACACAGCCACGAAUCGAUCGAAGGAUUUACCUGCAUCCGGAUAGUCCGGCGACCGGUGCGCACUGGAUGCAGCAGUCGCUUAAGUUCGAUAAAUUGAAGCUGACUAACAACGUCGCCGACCCCAAAAAUAACAUUGUUUUAUUAUCUAUGCAUAAGUACGUUCCACGGAUUUGGAUCAUUUGUUGCGAUAAAGCAAUCAGAUUGUGCGAUCUAUUUUCUUAUCCAGCCUCGUCAUUCAAGUUCAACGAAACGGAGUUCAUUGCUGUAACUGCUUAUCAAAACGAGAAUAUAACACAACUAAAAAUCAAUAACAAUCCAUUCGCCAAAGGAUUUCGCGAUUCUGGUCAAUCACGAUGCAAAAGAAAGCUCCAAGAAGAAAGGGAGAAAUCGAACCACGUUGAUGACGAUAAUGGGAACGCGUCUUUGGAACGAGAGUCAAAUAGAUCUUUGACUCACGUGGACAAUCAAAGACCAACAACAGCUUCCAGUGAAACAGGAAGUUUAGAUGACAGCGGUGUCAGUAGUUGUGAAGAAACUAGUCCUCUUCCCUCAACGGUUCGUCGAAAUUCGCUAUCUGGAGAUGUCGAUCGUCACGUACAACCAAAAUUACAUAGACCUUGGAUUGAUUCUUCUCCACAAUAUUCGUCUUCCACGAUGGCUACCUCGUUCUCGGAUUUGUUGCCUGUUUCUAAUUUUCCUGCCUAUCUUCAACUAUUUUAUCCUGUGGCAAUGCAAUCGAAUUUCGCAAAGUUACCCUAUCAAUCGAUGGUACAAUUUUCGAGAUAUCAUUAUAAAUAAUUUCUGUAGAACAGAUCUCUGUAAAAUAAUAAUAGUGGAACAAUUUGUUGACUAUUUAAAAGAAAAGUAGAGGAUUUAGAAGAUUUUGAGAAGAGAAGGUGAACGAUGUGAAGUAAGGACAAUAAAACCAAAGAUUUUUUUCAAUGUAGGAAGAAAAAUUCAACUUUCUCCGAAGUUGUAUAAUUUUCAAUGUAGGAAGAAAAAUUCAACAAAAAUUCUCCGAAGUUGUAUAAUUUUGGUUAAUAGUUUAUUGUAGAUUAUAUAUCAUUGGGAUAGAACUUUAAUAGAGUUUUGUAAAAAUGUAAAAAAGAACUACGCUUGUCGUAUGUGUACAGAUUGUUACCAAAAAGAAAAAAAAUUGAAGAAAAAUCAUAAUCUUUCUCAGAUGUAAAUAAUGAGAUACAGUUAAAUUUUCAUCUAGAUUUUCGUGAAAUUAUUGAUAAAGGACCAAAGAUAUUUUGAAUAAAGUUUUUUUAAUGUAGAA